AUUUGGAAUAUUAUUGUUUUCAGUCGGUAACAUACCUUAUGAAGCCACAGAGGAGAAGUUAAAAGAUAUUUUCAGUGAAGUGGGUCCAGUAUUAUCGUUCAAGCUUGUAUUUGACCGUGAGACUGGUAAGCCGAAGGGGUAUGGGUUCUGCGAAUACAAAGACCAGGAGACAGCGCUAAGUGCUAUGAGAAAUCUCAAUGGCUACGAAAUUGGAGGACGCUCACUCCGUGUGGACAACGCUUGUACUGAAAAAUCUAGAAUGGAGAUGCAAGCCUUGAUGCAGGGACCUCAGGUGGAGAAUCCAUAUGGUGAAGCGGUGGAGCCUGAGAAGGCUCCAGAAGCUAUUAGCAAGGCUGUUGCUACUCUUCCGCCAGAGCAAAUGUUCGAGCUGAUGAAACAGAUGAAACUUUGCAUACAGAAUAAUCCUACCGAAGCAAGGAACAUGUUGCUUCAGAACCCACAACUGGCUUAUGCAUUACUCCAAGCCCAAGUGAUCAUGAGGAUUGUGGACCCAGCUACAGCUGUUAGUAUGCUGCAUCCAAGCAAUCCGGUUCCACCAGUGUUGCAGUCUGGAGACAAGCCACAACCCAAUACUUAUGUUCCGAAUAAUCCUCCACCAUCACAACCCCCUCCAUUGCUUGUUAAUCCUGUACCACCGCCCAGCCAGUAUCCACCAACUCGUCCGUCGAUGGACGUUGACUUGCGAGGAUCACGCGCGGCUGUGCCCCCGCUGCUCGACCAGGACAUGCGCAGUCUGCCGCCCGUGCACCCUCCGCACCAGACGCCACACCCUGUGCCGCCGCCGCAGCACCACGCGGCAGAACCGUGAGUGUACACCAAUACUUAAUAUUUAUAGCAUUGGCAUGCAAAAUGACACAUCUAAAAUGAGUUAAGUAUGGGAAAAGGAAAGUACAAUUGAUACCAUUAAAAGAGCCUCCUAUCU